GCUGCCUCUUCCGAGUGCGAGUCAAUUCCAUCGACCCGGGUCAUCCGCCGAUAAUUCGUAUGCAGUUGUGAGUGCUUCGGGUUCAAUGGGGAUUCCGUUAUGAGGAAGACUCUUAUAUCCGGCCGUCACCGUCCAUCUCGAGGAGGAGGAGGAUAGAACUGACGACGACAAUUGUCUCGCUCCCGGAUUGCUUCUCACACAUAUUCACGACUGCCUUAUUCCGGACCGAGCUUCGAUCUCGUUGUUGCUGUAGCAUCAAUCAGCAUGGGAGAGGACAUCCCAUCGCGGGACCCGCCCCCUGAAGCGGUGGACAAGCCCAGCGACGAAAAACAACCCCGUGAACCGAUACAAACACCCGUCAUCCAACCCGAAGAGCCCCAACCCGGCGCCCUUACAGACAGCACCACCACCACCGACGAAAAACAUCUCGGACCACAAUCCAUCCCCAGGCUCCGUUUCAUCGCCCUAGCAGCAGGCGUCUCCCUCGGCCUCUUCCUCUCCAUGAUCGACUCCUCCAUCGUCGCCACCUCGCUCUUCACCAUCGCCGCCGAGUUCGGCGACGUCGACGCCAUCAACUGGGUCGCCCUCGCCUACACGCUGACCUACCUCAGCUGCGCCGUGCUCUUCGCCCGCGUCUCCGACGUGCUCGGCCGCCGCGCCGCCUUCGCCGCCGCCUAUGUCGUGUUUAUCGUGUUUUCGAUUGCGUGUGGGUUUGCGACGGGGAUGGGGCAGUUGAUUGCUUUUAGGGCGUUGCAGGGCGUGGGGGGGAGUGGGCUGUACAGUGUGUCAAUGAUCAUUCUCCCUGAAGUGACGCCGGACCGGGCAAAAAAGCACAUCGCGGCGCUCGUGGGGUGUGUGUUGGCGACGUCGGGGGUGUUGGGCCCGGUUCUGGGCGGCGUCCUAACCCAGUACACGAGUUGGCGAUGGGUGUUUUGGAUCAACGGCCCCAUCGGCGGCGUUUCCCUUUUGGUUUUCCUCCUCGCCUGGCCAAAGAAGGAACACCUCCCCUCUCUAGAACGACGUGCCUGGAAAGACGUCGAUUUCGUCGGCGCCUUUUUACUAAUCGCAUCCGCCACCCUAAUAGUCUUCCCCUUCCAACACGCAUCCACCUCGCCCACCUGGACCUCGGCCGUCUUCCUCGCCCCGCUCCUCACCGGCCUCCUCUCCCUCGCCGCCCUCUUCGCCUGGCAAGCCCUCCUCACCUCCCGCCAAAAGAAAACCAACCCCAACAACCCGAACCGGCAAACCGCCUUCGCCCUGCCCCCCGCCCUCCUCCGCAACCGCGUCUACGCCGCCGCCGCCGUCCACACCCUCCUGACCGGCUUCCCCUACCUGCUCUGCAUCUAUGCCUUCCCCGUGCGCUUCCAGGCCGUCUAUGGCGCGUCCCCGCUGCGCGCCGGCCUGCUGCUGCUGCCCAUGCUGGUGGCGUCGGCGUCGGGCACGGUGAUCACGGGCGCGGUGAACGGGAAUCCGGGCAGGAAGCAAAGGUUUUUUGAGACGUUGAUGGCCGCGUGUGCGUUGAUGUUGUUGGGGUGUGGGUUGGAGGUUAUGGCGGAGCCGGUGGGGGCGGUCGAGGCGAGGGUGUUGGGGUUUUUGGUGUUUGUUGGGUUGGGGUUUGGGUUGUCGGCCGCGGGGGCGACCAUGUUGACGAGCGCGGAGGCGCCGGUUUGGGAGCAUGCAUCCGCACAGGGCAUCGUGGCACAGGUCCGCAUCUUUGGCGGGAGUAUCGGGAUCGCGGCGUCGUCGGCCAUCUUGGGGGCCAAGACUAGGGGCGAGCUGGCCGGCGGGGAGCUGCCGCCCGAGGCGCUGGCGCAUCUGGCGUCAGACCCGUCGGCCUUGUCGCCGGAGCAGUGGGGGUCUAUCAGGCGGGCGUACACGGAUGCGCUGCGGGAGGACAUGAUUGUGUGCUGCGCGGUGCUGGCUGCCGCGAUGGUGGUCACGCUGGGGAUUUACCGACGAAACAGGGUGUCGUUGCAGGAGAUGAUGAAGCAGCGGUACCGUGAGGAGGGUGAGAGACGGCGAGCAGCAAAGGGUGGGAGUGGGCAGCAGCCGGAUGGUUCCCGUGACGCAGCAGUGUAGACGAUUUUGGGCGUAAGAAGGACUUUGGGAGGGCUUUGGGUACGUAUGGCAUGAUACCUGCCACGAUUUGAAUAACGGCAACGGCGUUGGAUAUACCUAAUCCCUGUGGCUGGAUGAGCCCGUCUAGCUUCUUGUUGUCGGCGUUUAUAGAGGCGGUGGUUGAAAAGGGGGUAAUUCAGGGGUAAUCUCGGGGUAUUUGGUGUAAGCAACCAGU